AUGGCGUCUACCUCCGAUCAGUUCUUCUAUCUUGAUAGCCCGACUCAAUUCGAGGAGUGGGUCGACUUUGACCAAUUCUUGGAUCUGCCAUCCGCCUAUGGCGACGAAUAUUCUGCCUCGGUCUCGACCAACUCGGUCUCGCCAGACAUGGCCUUGCCCUAUGAUGCUGAGAUGCUAGGCACUGACCUACUGGACUUCAGCCAAUCCGCAUUCCCAGACAUGAUCAACUAUGAUGCGUCACAGGAGAGCUUCUUCGCGGAUCUAUCCCCAGAGAUGGGCACGAUCCCCGACCAUGCGGUUGCGAUGGAUGACAGCGCUUUCUAUAACUACCCACAAUACGAUGCUUCUUUCGACUUCCGUCAGGUUGUCGAAGCGCAGGCUGCCGCCGACCCGCGUGCUGCAUCCAUCAAGGAGAAGCGCCGCGAAGCUGCCAUUGCGUUGCAUCUACAGCGGCUGUGCGAGGCCACGGCCCUCGAUCUCGACAUGUCUUCCGACUCCAACACCAGCUUCUCCUCCCCAGCCUGGUCGGACUAUGUUCGUGGAAGUAACUCUCCGCAAUCCGCUAGCGCUAGCGCUAGCCCGAAGACCCCUUCCGCCCCUGCCCCUGCUGCUGGCACUGGAGGAGUCGAAAUGGUCCUGGACCUGAACAUGAAUGCCGCUGCGAACCUGCCUAAGAAGCAGAAGCCCCGUUCUCAGGCACAGAAGGAGAACUACAUCAAGGCUCGCAAGUAUGGAGCUUGUGAGAAGCACAAGAAGCAGCACAAGCGAUGCAACUGCUUGGAGAAGGCCGCUGCCCGCAUGGGCGUCAAUGAUGUUCCAAUGAACGUGGCUUACAAGGAACGGCCACAACAACCGGCACAUUCGUCACCGGUUCUUCCAGAUUCACGUGUCUCUAGUGUCCCAGGCCAUGACAGAUCUGUCUCACCUACACUCCGACCAAUGGCCCCGGUGCCAACCGUCGAGGUGCUCAAGAGGGCCAUCAAAAACUCUUCAGGACACGACCCAUCGAUCAACUCGAGCGGCGUGCUCCCGGCCGUAAGGGCCACGAUGAAGCGCACAAGCGGUGUCCCUGGACACAACCCUCAAUUCAGCGUAUCCGCUUUCUCGGCUCCAGCCAAGCAAGCUGGCAAGAUUGCCGUUCAAUCCGAUCGGGCACUCCAUGUCACGCGGAACCUCAGCGGUGUCCGCGGACACGAUCUUCAAUACAACGCUUCCGUCUUCUUGACCCCCGUCAAGGAUGCGGGCAGGAAUGUUGUUUCAUCGGGACAGAAUGUCUCGCGACCAACUACGAGCGUCUCUCAACCCGUUCAAGCGACAACCAGCCGUGGUGUCACCCAGACGAAUCUGCGCGGCGCUACCGCUGGCCUGUCGUACGUCAAGACAGCCGACAAGGCUGCUGGCUCUGUGGGCCAGAAUGUAUCACGCCAAUCCCCGAGCGUCCCUCAAUCCGUCAAAGCAACCAACCGGCAGGCUAUUGCCCAGCCAAACCUGCGCUGGCGCAUUGUUGGAUUCUCACCGACAACCGACGCUGGUGUUGCCAGCGGUGUCCAGGAGAACAGCAACACCAGACAGACCACGUCGACUUCGACUAUAUCAAAGUCAAGCGUUACACACACUCCAAACUUGGAUGUCCGACGUCCCCGACACACGUUGUCUGCUCACCGCGUAGACAGCACCGUGUCGUCAAACACUCCAGUUUCAUCCCAAGUCCUACCCUCGACUGUGCCGACAACCGGCCGGACAUCGGGAAACUUGGGUGUACUGGCAACCAACAACACGCAGCGAUCUAUGGCCGGCUUCAAGAAGCCAUUGGAAAUACUCUCCACUCUCGCCCGGGCGCAAGUGGAAGUGUCUUCCCAAGAUCGCCGCUCCAAUUCACCGCGCAGCUCUUGUCCGAACCUUCAAUCUGGACCAAACAGCCUUGCUGGUCGGUCGAUUUCCACCCAACUGGGUGGCCUCUUUUCAAGCACCGUGUCAGCAUUUGCUGGCAUUGGGCUUUCAUCUGUCUCAUUUGCUUCUUGGUCCGAACAGUCAAUUGGCAAGUGCAUAUCCCUUGUGGGUAGCCAGCUGAUGUCUGCGAGGAAAUCAUUGCAAUCGUUGCAAACGUCUAUCAUCUAA